AACUACAUUUUAAGACGCACAAAAAUAUUCCUGAAGAAAACGAAACUGAUAGAAAUAAUAUAAAGAAAAGGAAAGAAGAAAGAAAAUAGAUCCAGAUGAUAUAGACAAAAAAGAGUCUAAAACCCUAUAAAAGAAGAAAGAAGAAGAAGAAGAAGAGGGAGAGACGCGCGCCGAGGCUUCCGACCGCAUUUUGUGAUUCUCCGCGAGAAGAGGAGGGAGAAGAGGAAGGAAAGAGAAAAGCUAGAGGAAGAGGAGAGGAGGAGGGAAAAAAGGCUGUCUCCGGAGGCGACGCCCGAGGCCCCAGCAUGCCCGUGGGCGCCGGCGGCCUGCUCAGCUCGAGGCCAAAGCCUUCAGCAGAAAAUGUGCGUUGUCAGAAGUGCUUGGAAUUUGGCCAUUGGACCUAUGAGUGCAAAGGCAAAAGAAAGUAUGUGCACAGAGACUCACGCACAUCUGUACUUAACAAACGGCUGAAACAAGAGAAACAGGAGCAACAGGUAGAACACUUAAAAACAUUGGCAUCACAUAAAAAGAAAAAGGAGAAAAAGGAGGACAGUGACUCAAGUGACUCAGAUUCCUCGUCUUCAUCUUCUUCAUCAUCAUCUUCGUCUUCUUCUUCGUCAUCAGACUCGGAUUCUGAUUCUGAUUCAUCAUCCAGUUCAUCUUCUUCAUCGUCAUCUUCUAGCUCCUCAAGUUCAUCAGAUUCCUCCCUGUCUUCAGAUUCUUCAAGCUCAGAAGAACAGAGGAAAAAGAAGAAAAAGAAGAAAGACUCCAAGUGAAAACUUUUUUUUUAUGUUCCUGAAUGUGUGAAUUUCAAAAGAAUGGUUGUUGGUUAAACAUUUUAAAAAUCUGUUUUGUGGCAUGUGAGAGUAUUGGGUGGAAUAGGCAAUGAUUGUGUGAAAUUUAACAAUGAAAAAUCUUUCAUGUUAGUACUAUUGAAAAGCUUUUUAUUCGCAGAAGAAUAAAAAGAAAAAAAAACUUGUUGAGAGUAACAAGCUGCUCCUGGACUGACUCUCAGACCAGGGCCUUCAUGGGACCAGUUACUAUGCGUUUUUAUCUUUGAGAGUUGCCUGUUGGUGUGAAAUUUAGUUGGAUGAAUGUAACAAACACAGAAGUUGUAAUUUGUAGACAUAUGACCUAGUGUUCUAAUCUUUUAUUGUAGUUGUUGAUAUAUUUCUAAAGAAAAAUAAAAAAAGAAGGAUAUUCUG